AUUUCUGAACGUUAGUUUGUUUUGUUUCCCGAUUUGUGAUUCUUGCGCUCCUGAUUCUAGUUGCUUUUAACUGUUUCUAACGUCUAUUUCUUCAUCACUAAUUUCCAAAAUGAGUCGCCGCAAACGUGUGAAGGUCGACAACCGGGAUUUGGAUGAGAAAUUAAAACAAGAUGAUUCUGAGUCUGAUCAAUCUGAAAAGAGUAAAAUCACGUCUAUUAGUCCAACUACUGUCAGCAGUCGAAGAGAGUCUACCUCAAGCCGCAAUACAGACGGGAAAGAAUCCAAGAAAGAUGAGAAACCGACGAUUAUAUUGGACGAAACCAAAAGUGAAGAUAUUGAGGAGGUCAAUUACAAGGAAAUGCUUAAUAGUUUGGAAGGAGCAGCCUUCCAAUCAAGGCUGCCGUUUGACAAAAUGUCUUCACUGGAAGCUGAGUGCUUCUCAGAUCUGCAGGGUGCCUGCAGCCAUGCAUUUGUUCAAAUCCGGAACAGAAUCCUGAAGAUGUGGUUUGAAGACCCCAAGAAACAACUUAUUCAGGAACAUGCAGUUUCGAAAAUGGAGCCCCCAUAUAAUGGCGAUCCAGCUUUAAUUAUCAGGACACAUGCAUUUCUGGAGAGACACGGUUUCAUAAACUAUGGAAUCUAUGAGCGGCUUACAGCAAUACCAUCGCCUCCCAAAGGAAAGCAGAGGCCUAAAGUCAUCAUUAUUGGAGCAGGUGUCUCCGGUUUGGCGGCCGCUCGUCAGCUUCAGUCGUUUGGCUGUGAGGUGGUCAUCCUGGAGGGCAGAGAUCGGGUCGGCGGUCGCGUGGUCACGUACAGGAAGGGACCUUAUGUUGCCGACUUGGGUGCCAUGGUUGUGACUGGAUUGGGCGGUAACCCAGUGACAACACUGUCUGUGCAGAUGAACAUGGAGCUACAUAAGAUCAAGCAAAAGUGUCCACUCUACGAAGCUACUGGCAAUCAAGUUCCUAAACAUAAAGAUGAAAUGGUGGAGCGCGAGUUCAACCGACUUCUUGACGCUACGUCCUACCUCUCCCAUCAAGUAGACUUCAACUACUACAAUGACACCCCCGUCUCGCUAGGACAAGCUCUUGAGUGGGUCAUCAAACUGCAACAAAAGAAUGUGAAACAUAAGCAGAUUCAACAACUGAAAGCGGUCAUCACUCUACAAGAAAAGCUUAAGGGUAACAUAAAUAAGAUGUCUGACAUUCAAGAGCUACUCAAGUCAAUGAAGAUCGAAAAGGAAACUUUGCUUGUAGAAAAAACGAAACUGUCCGCGGGGGACGCUAGCAUCUUGCAGGAGUUCAACCUCCGCCGCCUCAACCGAGAGAUGAAGCAAUUGUGUAAUGAAUACGACUCGCUGGUCAAUCAGAAUCAGAGUAUUGAAGAUAAGUUGACACAGCUCGAGACCAAUCCACCAAGCUCCGUGUACCUGUCGGUGCGAGACCGCCAGAUCCUGGACUGGCAUUUCGCGAACCUCGAGUUCGCGAACGCCACGCCGCUGGGUAACCUGUCGCUGAAGCACUGGGACCAGGACGACGACUUCGAGUUCACCGGCAACCAUCUAACAGGUAUGUUGGGACUUGUUACAUUCGCGAACGCCACGCCGCUGGGUAACCUGUCGCUGAAGCACUGGGACCAGGACGACGACUUCGAGUUCACCGGCAACCAUCUAACAGGUAUGUUGGAAUUUAUUAUAGUUCGCGAACGCCACGCCGCUGGGCAACCUGUCGCUGAAGCACUGGGACCAGGACAACGACUUCGAUUCGUGAACGCCACGCCGCUGGGCAACCUGUCGCUGAAGCACUGGGACAAGGACGACGACUUCGAGUUCACCGGCAACCAUCUAACAGUGCGCAACGGUUACUCCUGUGUCCCGGUGGCUCUCUCCGAAGGUCUGGACAUCAGGCUGGGCACCGCAGUCACCGACAUUCAGUACGGUGGCCCCGGGGUCACCGUCAAGGCGGUCAACCCCCGCAACCAGAGCCAACCGCAAGUGUUCAAGGGUGAUGUGGUUCUUUGCACUUUGCCUCUCGGCGUCUUGAAAGUAGCUGUGGCGAACAGCGGGCAAAACCAACAAAACUUCGUUAAUUUUGACCCUCCAUUACCGGAUUGGAAGGUGGCUGCUAUCAAGCGUCUGGGCUAUGGAAACCUGAACAAAGUAGUGCUAUGCUUCGAAAGAACAUUUUGGGACCCCAGCGCCAAUCUCUUCGGCCAUGUUGGCACUACGACAGCGAGCAGAGGCGAGCUGUUCCUCUUCUGGAACCUGUACAGCGCGCCGGUGCUGCUGGCGCUGGUGGCGGGGGAGGCGGCGGCCGUGAUGGAGAACGUGACGGAUGACGUCAUCGUCGGCCGCUGCAUCGCCGUGCUCAAGAGCAUCUUCGGCCACGCGGCCGUGCCGCAGCCCAAGGAAUGUGUCGUCACCAGAUGGCGGGCGGACCCGUACGCGCGCGGCUCGUACAGCUUUGUGGCGGUCGGUUCGUCGGGCACUGACUAUGAUUUGCUCGCUGCUCCGGUGCCCGGGGCCUCUCCGGGGGAGAAUAGGCUCUUCUUUGCUGGUGAACACACAAUGCGCAACUAUCCGGCUACGGUGCACGGCGCGUUUCUGUCCGGGCUGCGCGAGGCGGGCCGCCUAGCCGACCUGCUGUUACCGCAACCCCCCAUAACCAACGCGAGCGUAGCUGCUGCCACUGCCGCCGCCAACCACUCCUGAUGCGUCUGAACUGAAGCUUUGGCGUGCGUAGCUGAUCUCCUACAGCCAUCGGUCACCAACGCGAACGUGGCUAGUGCUACCGCCGCAAAUAAUUUCUGAAAAAAAAACAAUACCGUGAGUUUCAUCUUAUAAAAUAACAACUGGUGCGGGGAAAAAGAUAUUUGUUUGCAGAUGAAAGACGAUAUUUCACUACGAACUAAUUAAUGACAACAUUUCGAACUAGUUGUCAUCAUUAGAAAAUUCAAGACUACAACAUUGUUUAGAAAGUAAAUUUAUUUAGUUUAAUUUUGUUUUGACUGUAACGCUAACAAAAGUACGUUUUGCUCUGUUAAGAACCAUCUUAUUUAUUUGCAUUGUCUAAACUUACUUUAGGUUAGGUAAUUUUGGUAGUAUAAUAUUGAAACUGGAAGGGUGCGAUGAUAGAUGUCAUCUCCAUACAGUUUGUAACCUAAAAAUGCCAAAUGUCGCAAAAUUUUAUAUUUAUUUAAAUUUAUGAUUAUAAUGAUGAAUUUGCACGCUUGCAUGCAAGCUAGGUACAAGAUCUGUAACACCAUAUAUUGUAACAUCCCCAUACUGUAUCAAUGCAAAUAAAUAAUUUCUGAUUCUGAUUACAUUGAAUUGUCUAUCAUCGUACCCUGGAAAAAAUAUAAAAACAAUAUUUGAUAAGUAGGUAUAAGUUUCAGUAGUAUUAGGUAUGACUUAUUCCUUAACACGUUCCCUGUCCGGGUGCCCCCAAUGUGAGGGCAUGAGCUUUUUUCAGGAGUCCGUGCUUCCACUAUGGGUUCACAACUUCAAAGUGAAAGCACAAUUGGACGUGUGACGUUGUCAUAUCCAGGGACCGUUACCGGUAUAACUAAAAUUCAAAAUAUCUCAUAGCAUUCACAAUAUUUCUUUGAUAUUAUAGAAUAGUAUUUAGGUAAGGAUAAUGAUUGAGCAGAUUAGCUAAAUUAAGUGCAAGAAAUAUACAUAAGCAAUCAUGAUACCAAAAAUUAAUACUCGUACCGAUUAAUUUGUAUUAAAAUUAUUACCGGUAUUCGGUCCUUGGUCAUACCUUUUUGGAUGGGGAUUAACGUGUUAAAAUGACAUCUUGGGCCAUCAUGGCCUGGUUUAGAAUUAGAUUAUAAUUAUUAUUCUCAUGAAUUGUGUAGUAAUGUAAGUAUUUUUGGUGUAUUUGGUUCUGUGCUGCCGUAUAUUAAAAUGUUCAGUUGUAGUUUAAUCUCUAGAUAGUAAUUAAAAAUAGAUUUAAUUAGUACAGUGAUGACAAAAUGCAGCCUUUAUCAGAGUCAUUAGACUCUCUAAUGCAACUUUUCUGAAAUAGAUCAUUUUUAAUACAAUAACAAAAUAAUAAGAUUUGCACCUAAAUGAUGAAUUUUAAUAAUUGUCUGCCCAGUAUGCCUUAAUAAAACAGCAAUAGCUAAUUAAUAGUACAACCAUUUAUUCCAUGUUUUCUACACGUUGGAGCAAUAAUAAGUAGUUGUUAUGUAAUUAAGUACCGAUUUUUUGAACCUCCUUAAUUGGCACGACCUGCCUAAAUGAAAAACCUGGUUAAUUGACACAUAAUUGCCGGUCCCUUGAGAUUUCAUUUAUCCAGGUUUCAAUGUACAUAGUUUAAACGCCAACGGCUGAUCAAAGGAAUGUAAUUCAUAACGGUUUUCGGAAUUAUAACACAGAACACAUUGACCAUAUUCAACUAAAUGCUAUUAUAAUUAUAAUACUUACCUAAUCACGAAGUACCUAAUGCCAAAUCUAAUUACAUAUUUGUCUUUUAAUUUGCUAAUGUUUCCGCUGAUAUCAGACCAAUUUAUUUCGAUAAUAAUAAUCCCAUUAGUGUUGUGCUGAUUUAUCAUUUUUAUGCUAGAACAAUAAUGAUAUUUGUAAAAUGGUUAAAAUUAUCUUUAAAAUAUUUAAUUUUAUUCCUUUGACGUAUGCAUAUCCGCGACCAUAAUGCCGAUGCUUAAAACUGGCGUUAAUACAUUAUGACAACCGCACUGCCUGUCGAAUUAACUAAAUAUUAAGUAGUUUUAAUUAUUAAAUAAGUGCUUUUCAUUUUACAUAUGCCGUAUCAUUAACAGUGUACGUAUUUUUCAUAAUUUUCAACAAUAAAAAACCUUUAAAAUAAUUGCAGUUUCAAUAUCAAAAAUUCUCACUUUCAAAUCGUCCCAGGGAUCGGAGACGGCUCAGUCAAUGUUAAUUGGACAAUUUAGAUG